AGGAUCCGUGAUGGAGACGUGGUAGCAAAGCAUCAAGAGACCUCCCUGGCAUGUGUUUCUUCAGGAGGAGAAGAGAUGGCCCCUUUAUUUGAUGGAUGGCACUCAAGUAGACUUUGAAGCCGCGUGGAAGCGCAUCAUAGACUUGGCAUGGGAAACCACAGCAACAAUCAUACCUGUUUGAUAGAUGAUUCCUUCAAGUACAACCUGUACGGAGCCGUGUACAGCGUGGUCUUCAUCCUGGGUUUGAUUACAAACUGUGCCUCCCUCUUUGUCUUCUGCUUCCGGAUGAGGAUGAGGAGCGAGACCGCCAUCUUCAUGACCAACCUGGCCGUUUCCGACUUGCUCUUCGUCUUCACUUUGCCUUUUAAAAUCUUUUACAACUUCAACAGGCAUUGGCCUUUCGGAGACAGCCUGUGCAAGAUUUCGGGCACGGCCUUCCUCACCAACAUCUACGGGAGCAUGCUCUUCCUCACCUGCAUCAGCGUCGACCGCUUCCUCGCCAUCGUCUACCCCUUCCGCUCUCGCACCAUCAGGACCAGGAGGAACUCCGCCGUCGUCUGCGCUGGUGUUUGGAUCCUGGUCCUCAGUGGGGGAAUUUCAGCUUCCUUGUUCUCCACGACCAACGUUUCCAACACCAGCACGACCUGUUUUGAGGGUUUUUCCAAACGCAUCUGGAAAACCUACCUGUCUAAGAUCACGAUAUUUAUUGAAGUGGUAGGAUUCAUAAUCCCUUUGCUCCUCAACCUUACCUGCUCUUCUCUAGUGCUCAGGACUCUCCGGAAGCCCGCCACCUUGUCUCAGAUUGGGACGAACAAAGAGAAAGUGUUGAAGAUGAUCAUCGUGCACGUGGCCAUUUUCGUCGUGUGCUUCGUGCCUUACAACUCCAUCCUCUUCCUCUACGCCCUGGUGAGGUCUCAGGCCAUAGCCAACUGCUCCUUGGAGAGGUUUGCCAGGACCAUGUACCCCAUCACGUUGUGCAUCGCCACCAUGAACUGCUGCUUCGACCCCUUUAUCUACUACUUCACCUCAGAAUCCUUCCAGAAGUCUUUCAACAUCAAAACUCAGAUAAAAAUGGAUUCUUUUUUCAAGACUGAGACCCCUCUAACAAAAACAGCCCUUCCAGCACCACAGGAGGAAACAAGUGACCAGGCUAUCACGAAUGGAGGAGACCCCACGUCAGAAUCACAUUUCUAG